ACAUUCAAUCUUCAUAUUAUCUCAUAAAGAGUAAAGCACCAACUAACAUGGCAGAGACCCUUCGUAUGGUUGUUGCUGUUAUUGGGAAUGUUGCUUCAGUGUCCCUUUAUGCUGCACCAACGGUUACCUUCAAAAGGGUCAUAAGGAAGAAAAGCACAGAGGAGUUUUCUUGCAUUCCUUACAUAAUAGCACUAUUGAACUGUCUCCUUUUCACUUGGUAUGGAUUGCCAGUUAUAAGCUACAAGUGGGAAAAUUUCCCUCUAGUCACAGUUAAUGGAGUUGGGAUUGCUUUUGAGCUAUCCUACCUUCUCAUUUAUUUUUGGUUUUCUACGGCCAAAGAAAAGGUGAAGGUAGCCAUGACAGUAGUACCGGUUCUUCUAGUGUUUUGCGCCAUUGCCAUUGCAUCAGCUUUUGCCUUCAUUGAUCAUGGUCACCGAAAGCUUCUCGUGGGUAGCAUAGGCUUGGGUGUUUCAGUUGCAAUGUAUGCAUCCCCUUUGGUAGUAAUGAGGAAAGUGAUACAAACCAAGAGUGUGGAAUUCAUGCCACUACCUUUAUCUUUGUGCUCAUUCUUGGCUAGUGUACUGUGGCUGACUUACGGACUCCUCAUUCGGGAUAUAUUCGUUGCGGGACCAAGUGUGAUUGGAACUCCCUUAGGCAUACUCCAGCUCGUUCUCCACUGCAAAUAUUGGAAGAGGCGAGUGAUGGAAGAACCAAAUAAGGUGGAACUGCAGAAGGGGAGCGUAGAGAAAGUUGACAUAGAAAUGGGGGACGUGGAAAAGGGGAACAUGGAAAAGAAUGUGACAAUUCGUAGUAACUGCAACUCGUGAUCCAGACAAUGUCGACGACCUAGGUUCAAGGAUUUCAACUGUUUCUUCUUGGAUUUUGGGUUUUAUGUUCGUUUCAUUUACCCAAGAAAAGAGAGGAAAAUAUUUACUUAGUCAUCACACCUAGUGCGCCAGUGAAUGUCUUCAUAAUUUAAGUCAUAGUUACCUAGUCCAUGUUCCAUUACUUGCUUUCUUUUCGUGGGAACGGGUUUGUGUCACUUAAUUAUAUUUAUGAAUCACAUGUACUUGGAGGGAAAAAAAAAAAAAAAGAAACAGGAAAUACAUGGCCAUAUCUGAAAGGAAAAUAUGAAAUUUUAACUGAGGCCAUUUAAAUUCAAUGGUACAUGAUUGUUCGAUUUAUGCAAUAAAUUAUUGGGAAAUAUGAUAAAUGGAAUU